AUGUCCACAAUUUGCUUGGAGCAACUACCGACAGAUGCCCUCACGCAAGUGUGCAACCGGCUUUCUCCCAGCUCGAGGCUUAUGUUGCGACAAACCUGUCGCUGGGCAUGCCGUAUUAGCGACGAGACAUGCCUUCGUUUGGGAGGUGUUGCGGAAACGGACAUCCGUUCCAUGGUUACAAGCACACUGGGCAAUAACGACUACGGAGGUCGCUUUCGCAACAUCCAUUACUUACAUAUGUGCCUAUCUGGCACCUGCGACCGGCAUCAAAAUGGAGCACCUGCAGCAAUUGCCAAUAAGGAGUCGCGACCCGGUUGGCCUGUCCUCCUAUCGCAGCUCCGAUUCCUCCGCGGGGUGAACUUGACAUCCUGCAAACAAUUCACACAAGAGCAGUUUCAGCAGCUCGCUGCGAGCUGUCCCGCCCUGGUCAUGCUCCAUGUACACCGGGACGCAAAUCCUAACUGUAACUCAGUCGACAUCACCCAAAAGCGUCCGAGUUCCGGUCAACUCUUCCUUGGCGCAGCACAUCCCGACCGAGGCAGCCGUGGUGGUGAUGGUCUAAUGUGCAGGCCAACUGUCAGCGAGCCGUGGGCGCUUUUGGGGCUUACGUUUGCUCCGCUGGCUGCCUGCACCAAGUUGAGGGAGCUCAAACUGUACGACACACCUCCAUUGCUAGUAAAUUCGUUCGACCGACCCACGGGUCUUCCAGGCGGCGCGUUGCUUUCUCUAGGCUGUCUGACGCAGCUACAAAGCCUGGCGCUGGCUGGCGUGGCGGCUGGCUUGGACCUGUGCCACUGCAUUUCCCGCUUGACGGGCCUUACGCGCCUCGAGUUGGCGUUACUGCCGGCCUGUUGCGAGUCCGGUAGUGCUCGGUGGCGGCGGCCGCGGCAGCAGCAACCAAAGCUGAUGGCUACGGCGGCGGACGUGCUUGGCCCCCGUGACGACGAGGUGACAUUGCCGCGGGAGCUGUACGACAUGGUGCUGUCAGCGAACCUCAGCAGUCUAGAGACGUUACAGUUGGAUUUGCCGCAGCCGCCGCUGCCAGCGGCGGCGGCCGCCAGCGGCGGCGCCGCAGCCUCCAGCCGACCCGUGUCUCUUUUGGCGCCAAUGACACUGGCGUGCAGCCCCGAGCAUCUUGAGGCAUUAAUGACAUGCGGCAUGUCGCUGCGGCGGCUUCAGGCGUUACAUCUACGUGGCUGGGUACCCUGGGGCAUCUCGGGUAGGUGCCGACGACCCAUGGGUCGUUUGCCUUACGGACAAGGCGUGGUUCCAGGGGUAGUGCCGUACAGCCACCACCUAUCCGAGCUCCUGAUACGGUGGGCAUUUCAUCGCGUGGCGACGUCGAUUAACGGCCCAGAAAGCGGCGGGGGCGGCGGCGGCGGCGGCGUCAAUGAUCAUGGCGAUGAUGGCGAUCUGCUACCGCGGGAUGUACGGGGCCAGCUUGCUGCUGGACGCCUGCCGCUGGGACGAGCAGUGCGCCAUGCCGCGUGGGACUCGACAGCGGCACCGCCGCGAGCUCGUCUACCAGCUUGCCUCCGACUUCGUGUUUCAAUUCUUGAGGAGGAACCGACGGCUCUAUUUCCAGAACACCAGGGGACCGCAGCCGCCGCAGCCGCCGUCGCCAUUACUUCACGUAACGGGGGCAGCUCUAAGUGCUACGCCUACCUCCAAUCCGCCGCCAGCCAUGUCGACCUGGACCUGUUACUGCCGCCUCCAAUCGGGGCAACACCAGACCACUGGGUCGCUGACCCACCAGAAAUCGGAUCUACUCCUGGUCCCGCCGAUCCGCAUCUGCUUGCGAUGGCCGUCCGCGCCGCCGGGGGCUCCCGCCUCGCAGCGCCGUUGCGGUGGUUGCCGUACCAACUGCCGAAUUUGUACGGCUUACGUCUGGCAUACAAUGCCGUGGACGAGCGCGCCGUGGCGUUGCUGGCCGCAGGGUUGCCGGCGUUGCGGCGGUUAGCUCUAGGGAGGGUGGAGCUUAGUGCUGGCGGGCGAGGGGGUCUGAUGUCCCGCGCCUCACCGCACGCCGUUGUCCUCUCCGCUUUUGUGCAGCCGUUGGGCUCUCUUCAACACCUCUCUGAGCUCCGUUUUGGCCAGAUUACCAUUCAUCAACAGAACCAGCAACAGCAAACACAACGACAGCAGACACAAGCAAAACAUCGGCCCCACCAGGAGGAGCAGCAACAUCAGGAAGCGCCUUCCACACCUAUGGUUGCAGCCACUUUAGCGACAACAUCAACAACGAUGAUACGGAUGGGAGCUAGGAUAGCAUUCAUAGGCGACAACACGGGUGCUGAGGCACAAGGAAUGGCGGGUGGUGGUGCACCCGCUACAGCUGCUACUGCCACGUCGGCGACUACAAUAGCGGAUCCUGAGACAUCUGUCGCCGGCGUCCUCCGGGAGCUUGAGGACUGUUGCCUGGCGUUUUCGCUGCCGGCGGCCUUGAAGACGCAACGGCGAUUCUGGCCCCCUUCGUACUCGUCGUCCCUGCCCCACGCGGCGGCGGCAGCGGCGAGGGCGGGAGGAGAUCCUGCGUGUGGGUCAACGGCCAGCGGGUCAACGGCACCGGCGGCGGGUGCAGCAUUGUCGUCUGCUGCGCCAGUGCCGCUGGCGGUCAUGGGCGCAGGGACGCAGGUGCACUUAGGAACGCAGUUAGUGGUGGUUGUACCGCCGCAGGCCGUCAGCUUGGAACACGCUGUUGUGGCCUCUGACGCGAACGGUUUGCGGCGGCGGUUGCAUCAUGUACGAUGUUGUACGACAUGUCUUCUCUCUUGUCGUACAUGUACCAUCGUUACUGUUGUUAUUUGUGUUAAUUGUUAA